AUAUAAACAGUGUGAGGACUUUCUUCCGCCACACUCCCUCCUCUUUUCUUGACCAGCCCACAACAACGCCCUCAAGAUGAACCCUGGCCUACUCCUCUUCGUUUUGGCUGUGGGGACGGCGUCUGCCCAGCAGCUGACCAGUCCUCCCUCACGUGAAUGCCGGGAGCUGGGAGCCAUGUCUGGUGGAGCCAAGGAAGGAAACUCUGUCCCCACGUACAGCGCUGGAGAGACAAUAACGGUGAAGGCUGAGGUGCCGAACAUGAAAAGUGGAGCUUUUGAGUUCAACCUGUGUCCCAGUGCCGACGCCCAGGACGAGGACUGUCUUUUCAAGUAUCCACUGGAGAUGGCUGACGGUAGUGGUCGUCAGUUUGAGAUAAAUUCUGAGAUUCCCGGCGGCCAGUACGACGUAUCAUUGAUACUGCCCAAGGGACUCACUUGUGAUAUCUGCACCAUUAUGUGGACGCUGAUCACCAAGGACUGUGUCGAAGGUUCCUCGUGCUCCAACCAACUCGCCAAACUCUGUGCUGACAUCUCCAUCACUGAGGAGAAAACACGAAAGACAAGAUUUUGGGGCAAGGCCUUUCGCAUUGCAGACAAGGCCUUGGACGUUGCGCACGCUUUUUCACGCGGAUAAGAUUGAGAAGAAGAAUGGAAUAAUAAGUCUUUAUCAAUGAUGAUGUCUUUGGAACGGUCUGAUGAUACUCUUAGGUUAUUCAUGAUUAUUGGAGUUAAUAAAAGACAUAAUGACAACCUCUAACAAUGUCAUACACAUUUUAGCUUUCACAGUUACUGUAAUAAUUUAUAUUAGACGUAUUAUGGGUUAUUAUUAUGAGUAGUAGCAGUAGUAGUAUUAUGGUAGAAACGCUGUUGUAAGAAAAGCUAAUGCGUAUUAUAUUGACACUACAGUAUUAUAAAAUAGCACUAUGAUUGCCAUUUCCUACUAAAUAUUGAAUUUCUUAAUAUUACAUAUGACAAUAUGACAUUAUUACAAUAUUUUCUAGUCAAUGUUAUUAUCAUUAUAUAAUUAUCAUUGUUGUAUGUCGUCAUUUAGUUUGUGACAUAAUAAAGGUUUUAGCAGAGAAAAA